CCACACCACACCCACGCCAUCCCCCGCAGCACUCCUCGUCACCAGCUGCUGCAUCACACAUCCUCGCCCGACUCUCCGCGCCGCACUGCUGCGCACGCACCUGUCCACGACCGCUCCGCCUGCGCCGGCUGCCUCGGCGCCUUCAGCCCGCCAGACGCAGCCGCGCGCAGCCCACUGCGACCAGUAUCGGCUGCGAGAGGCCCAGCACUGCGCCACGCUAGGAACCGCCCGCUCUGCCCGGCAUGCUGCUCACCAGCCAGCAGGCGCCCGACCCGCUGCGCAGCAUUCGCAGCGCCAUCGACUCCGAGGCGUCGGGCAACCACAUUGUGCGCGUUGCCGAGGAGGGCACGGGCGAGAUCUACGACCUGCACCUCUCCCACUCGGCGCCCUACGCCUCGCCCGCGCACGAGGGCGGCAGCCGCAGCGCCACGCCGCACCGCGUCGCUGCGCAGCAUGCGGCCAGCAGCAGCGUCUCGACGGCGGCGUCGGCGCGCGACAGCCCCGAGCCGGGCGCCGGCUCCGUGGGGCGCCGUGCGCUCAAGCUGCCGCAGAUCGUCAGCCGCCGCGCCGCACACCCGACGGGCAACGUGGCGCCCGUCUCGCCGAUGCCUGAGCCGCAGGACAUGGCUGAGCUGAACCGCGGCGCCGCCUACACGCUCGUCAACGGCUUCUCGGCGCCGAUCGGCAAGCCGCAGCAGCAGCACCAGUACACGGCACCGCCGCGCCAGGGCCCCAUGAUGGGCGAGCUGCCGCCGAGCCCGCCGCUCGACUCGCACCACCUCACCGAGGAGGAGCAGCGCGGCGGCCCGCUGGCGGAUGCGCUGCGGCACGACGAGAUCUCGCCAAAGACGGCCGUGCCGCCGCCGACGGUGCUCACGCGCGGCGCGCCGCGGCGCUCGCAGACGAUGCUCGAGGAGCCGUCGGUGCGCAGCGUGGCGGACCUGCCCUCGUACACGAUCGGCACGCUGAGCGUGCCCAAGACGCAGGAGCUCAACACGCGCCGCUCUGCCAGCUCCGGCUCGCAGGCCAGCACGGCUUACAUGACCGCGUCGGAGGAUGAGGCGGACGAGUCAGUCACGCUUGGGCCGAAGCCGGCAGCGAGGCUCUCGCUCGGCACGCUGCCAGUGGCCGAGCCUGCGAGCUUCCUGCCCGUGCCGGGCGUCGGCGAGGCCGGCCCCUCGUCGCGCACGAUGGGCCCGCGCAUGCCGACGCGGCGCAACACCACCGGCUCAGCCCUGCGUCGGCCAACGUCUGGCAGCAGCGGCAGCACGCAGCGCAGCCCACGCUCGUCGCGUGAGCCAGAGGACGCUGGGCCGCCCGCCUCGUUCUAUGAGCAGGCGCCGCCGUCCGCAUUUUCGCCUGCGCCUCUGCGCACCGGCGACGCUGGUCUGGACGAGGAGAUCGCCAAGCAGGAGAAGGCGAUGCGGCGCGACCGCGAGAAGCGAGCACGCGUCGCGGCCGAGCAGCGCGUCGAAGAAGAGCCGCCGCAGGACGGCGGCCCGCUGGUGCGCCGCAAGAGCGCCGUGCGCAAGGACACGCAGCCGGACGAGUCGCGCGCGCUGGUGGGCAACAUCAUCGGCGAGGGGCACGCCAACUACAUCUUGAUGUACAACAUGCUCACCGGCAUCCGCAUCGGCGUCUCACGCUGCCAGGCCAAGCUGGCGCGCCCGCUGAGCGACGCCGACUACAAGGCGCGGCACAAGUUCACAUUCGACAUCGUCGGCAACGAGCUCACGCCGUCGGCCAAGUACGACUUCAAGUUCAAGGACUACGCGCCCUGGGUCUUCCGCGACAUCCGCGAGUUCUUCGGCCUCGAUCCGGCCGACUACCUCCUCUCGCUCACCGCCAAGUACAUCCUGUCCGAGCUCGGCUCGCCGGGCAAGUCGGGCUCGUUCUUCUACUUUUCGCGCGACUACCGCUUCAUCAUCAAGACGAUCCGGCACGGCGAGCACAAGUUCCUGCUCUCGAUCCUGAAGGACUACCACGUGCACCUCAAGGCCAACCCGCACACGCUGCUCUCGCGCUUCUAUGGCCUGCACCGCGUGAAGCUGCCGCACGGGCGCAAGAUUCACUUUGUGAUCAUGAACAACCUCUUCCCGCCGCACCGCGACAUCCACGAGACGUACGACCUCAAGGGCAGCGCCAUCGGGCGCGAGUACCCCGAGGAGAAGGCGGCGCAGAAGAAGGGCUGCGUGCUCAAGGAUCUCAACUGGAUCAACCGCGGCCGCGAGCUCGAGCUCGGCCCCGUGAAGCGCGACAUGCUCGACAAGCAGCUCAAGGCCGACGUCGAGCUGCUGCGCCGCCUGCGCAUCAUGGACUACUCACUGCUCAUCGGCCUACACGACAUGAAGCGCGGCAACUCUGAGGGCCUGCGCCAGGACGCGCUGCAGGUCUUCCAGCCCGACACGGCGGCGCAGGGCGUCAAGGUGCAGGCGCUCAGCCAAGGCCCUGAGACUUCGCCGCCGGUUGCCAGUCCGGGCGCAUCGGGCCAGGGCUCCUCGCUGGGCCGCACUGCCUCGCACGGCAACGCGGCAGCGGCUGCCGCUGCCAACGCGUCUCAGCCAACGACGCCGGGCGCGCCCGUGCAGCCGGCCCUCACGCGCAUGGCCAGCAAGCGGGGCAGCACCAAGGAGGAUGCAUCGGCACUGCGUGCCGCCGUGCGCCGCUCGGAUCCCAAGGCGCUCGGCACGACGGGCACGGCCAAGCUGCCGGAGCGCGAGGCCAACGAGCGCUUCCUCUUCAACUUCUACCAGGACGAGGGCGGCUUUCGCUCGACGGACGAGCACAACGAGCCCACCGACCACAUCUACUACUUUGGCAUUAUCGACACUCUGACCUACUACAACAGCGUCAAGCGCGGCGAGCACAUCUGGAAGUCGCUCUCCAAUCCUCGCAACAUGAUCUCGUCGGUCAACCCCACGCUGUACGCCGACCGCUUCUACCGCUUCCUCACCUCCAUCGUCAAGGGCGCCGACCAGAGCAAGCGCCCGCGCAUGAAGGUCUAGGCACGCUCGCUCUCCGUUCCCCAGUCACCGUCAUCUACCCUGUUCUUCGCCCGCCACUGCCUCGGCCGGCCGCACACUCAUUCCCACCCCGUCACUGCUUGCUUCCGGGCCUCUGCGUCUGCAUCUGUGUCGCGCUCACGGCGCCUCUGCUGUCAAUGCCACUCAGCCAUGCUCUCUCUCUCUC